AUGGCGACUGUUGUCAAGGCUCCAGACGGUAUACCGAAUUUCCACGAUGGCACCGAGAACGAGAUAUACUCGCAGAUCAUGCAAUCUGCCGACAAGCUACGAGGCGACCCGGACCGCAUAUUGAGACACAUACAGAGAGCUGCCGACGCCAAGGGAUUCUUGAUAGCGCUCGAGCCCGAGAAAGUUGAAUGGCUCCAUCGGUAUCUCGAGCCUCGUCAGCCGAAGGUAAUCGUGGAAUUAGGAACCUACAUCGGGGUGUCGACAAUUGGAUUUGCAUCCUUGCUCCGCAAAUGCCACGGCGACACGCACGGGUGCAAAAUUUACAGUUGCGAAUACUCGCCCGACUUUGCGCGUAUCGCGCGCGGACUGGUUGAAUUGGCUGGCUUGCAGGAUUUGGUAGAGGUUUUGGAGGGUGCUGCAGCAGAUUCUGUCCAAAAACUUGUGGAAGAGCAUCCCAAUUUUAAAGCCGACGUGCUGUUUCUGGAUCACUGGAAGUAUUAUUAUCUUUCAGAUUUGCAGCUUUGCGAGGAUUUGAAAAUGCUCCGUAAAGGCAGCCUAGUAAUUGCCGACAACACUGAUAUUCCCGGAGUGCCUGAGUAUGUCGAGUAUGUCAGGAAUGGAGGUCGAGGAGGUCACGGCACCGUUAAAUACACCAGUGAGACCUUUUCGACAUUGAAGAACCCCAAGCCUGGUGAUGCUGUGAGUAAUCUUCCCGUCCUCUCAAUCUUCGGCCUCUUCAAAUGA